AUGACCAUUGGAUUCAUUGGAGCUGGCAAAAUGGCACAAGCUCUUGCUAGUGGAUUUAUCGCAUCUAGAGUAGCUUCUGUAGACAAAUUAUUUGCCAGUGCCCCUUCAAUGGAGUCGCUCCAAGGAAUUAAGGAAAAAAUUAAUAAUAUCAAUGUUACUACUGAUAACAAAGACAUUGUACGCAAAAAUGACGUCAUAAUCGUUGCCGUUAAGCCGAAUAUCCUAUCACAAGUCCUGAAAGAGAUCGCUCCGGUUAUUAGAAGCGAGAACCUAAUUAUUUCCGUUGCUGCUGGUAUACGAAUACCGGCAAUAGAAGAUCCCUUACCGAACGGAACAAGAGUUGUACGAGUUAUGCCCAAUACUCCAUGUUUGGUCGGUGCUGGAGCCUCUGCUUAUUCCCUUGGUACCUAUGCACAAUCUAGGGACGCCGAAACUGUAAAUAAGUUAAUGUCAGCUGUUGGCUUAUGCGAAAAAGUGCCGGAAUCACUUAUAGACGCCGUUGUUGGUGUUAGCGGAAGUGGACCAGCUUAUAUGUUCGUAGCCAUAGAAGCAUUGGCUGAUGGUGGUGUUAAAGCUGGUUUACCACGUCAUUUAGCCUUAAAAUUAGCUGCACAGACUCUAUUGGGUGCUGGAAAAAUGGUAAUGGAAAUUGGUGCACAUCCAGCUGAGUUGAAGGAUGAAGUUUGUUCUCCUGGUGGUACCACUAUUGCUGCGGUUCAUACAUUAGAGAAGAAUGGAUUUAGAGGGGCCCUAAUCGAUGCUGUUUUAGAGUCAUGCAAUCGUUCCAGAGAAUUAGGAAAUUAA